AAGGCCCCCUCCCUUCACCCUUUAACUCGCUCUCCCCUCCGGUCCCAAGAAUCCCAGAUCCCGGACUCGACCUCCUCGGGCGACGUCUCACCCUCCCAGAGUCGUCUCCUCCGCGUUCGCCUUCCCUCGACUCCUCUCUCGGUUCUUUGUGAGAGAUCUCUAGAUCCAAGAUCUCAGGUGCUUCAUUUGCUGAGACCUACAAUUGCAUAUUGUUCGUGGUGUUCAUUCAUCCAAAAUGGUGGUUCUUGCAGCAUCUGUCGUAACUAAGUCUGGAAAAGCACUUGUGUCAAGGCAAUUUGUGGAUAUGUCCCGAAUAAGAAUAGAAGGACUACUUGCAGCAUUUCCUAAGUUGGUGGGAACAGGAAAACAACAUACUUACGUUGAAACUGAGAAUGUGCGCUAUGUUUACCAACCAAUUGAAGCUCUUUAUCUGCUACUUGUUACAAACAAACAAAGUAACAUUCUUGAAGACCUGGAGACUCUGAGACUACUAUCCAAGCUCGUACCUGAAUAUUCACCUUCCUUAGAUGAGGAGGGUAUUUGCAAGAUGGCUUUUGAGCUGAUAUUUGCUUUUGACGAAGCCAUCUCUCUGGGGCAUAAGGAAAAUGUGACUGUAGCACAGGUUAAACAAUACUGUGAGAUGGAGAGUCAUGAAGAGAGAUUGCAUAAGCUGGUCUUGCAGAGCAAAAUCAACGAAACCAAGGAUGUUAUGAAGCGAAGAGCUAGUGAGAUUGACAAAAGCAAGAUUGAAAAGAACAGAGGUGACAGAGGAGGGUUUAUGUCAUCCAUGUCUGGUCCACGGAAACUUGAUAGUGGCUUUAGCGAUAUUAGUAUCUCGAGUAGUGGAACUGGUUUUGGAAGUGGUUCUGGAUUUGGAUUGAGCACUGAUGUGGAUUCCUUCUCUAGCAAGCCCAAAGGUCGUCCUCCUGCAUCUGCUACUGCUCCUCCAAAAGGCCUUGGCAUGCAGUUAGGCAAAACGCAACGUACAAAUCAAUUUUUAGAAUCACUAAAAGCUGAAGGAGAAGUCAUUCUUGAGGAUGUGCAACCGAGUGCUGUGCAGUCAAAGGCUCCUCUUCCACCAACUGAUCCCAUUACAUUGACAAUUGAAGAGAGGCUCAAUGUAAUGAUUAAGAGGGAUGGGGGGGUUAGUAACUUUGAUGUUCAAGGCACCUUGUCUCUCCAAAUUCUUAACCAAGAAGAUGGGUUUAUUCAAUUUCAGAUUGAGAACCAGGACAUACCAGGCCUUAGCUUCAAAACUCAUCCGAACAUUAACAAAGAGUUAUUUAACAGCCAGCAUAUUAUAGGCUUGAAAGAUCCAAACAGGCCCUUCCCUACUGGUCAAAAUGAUGUUGGUCUUAUGAAAUGGAGAAUUCAGGGCAUGGAUGAGGCCUCUUUGCCGUUAACUGUCAACUGCUGGCCCUCAGUUUCUGGAAAUGAAACUUUUGUUAACAUUGAGUAUGAAGCUUCAGAAAUGUUUGACUUGCGAAAUGUUGUGAUAUCCAUACCUCUUCCUGCACUUCGGGAGCAACCAAGUGUAAGGCAGAUUGAUGGAGAAUGGAGGUAUGACCCGAGGGCUUCCACAUUGGAGUGGUCUAUUCUUCUUAUUGAUCAUUCCAAUCGCAGUGGAUCAAUGGAGUUUGUUGUGCCUCCGGCUGAUCCAUCAGUAUUCUUCCCCAUCAACAUCAGAUUUACUGCUGCAAACACAUUUAGUGAUGUGAAGGUGAUUGGUGUCAUGCCACUUAGAAGCAAUGCUCCACCAAAGUUUUCACAGAGGAUUCAGAUGAUUACAGACACUUACCAAGUGGUUUGAUUUAUGAUGGAAAUAAUUUGUGGCAUUGAACCUGUCUUUCAAAUUGACUUUAUCUGUAGUAUGAUGGAAAUGGUUUGUGGCAUUGAACUGGUCUUUCAAAUUGACUUUAUAUGUAGGGCCUUUGUUUUAUCCCCACUCAUCCACGAACCUUGGCAGUGAAACAAGAUUUUAAAUUUGUGCGCCUAAAGUUUUUUAACUGUUAUUUCAAAAGAAUAAA